CCGAUCAAGGACAACUCCAAAAACCCUAAUGUGCCUUCCUUUCCCCUCCCCUAUGUAAACGCACUAUAACCCUUUUCUCCAAUUUCACCAGCUCAUAAGGGUUUUUCUCUCUGUCAAACCACUCGCCAAAUCGAAACCAGAGGUUAAAGAGACGGUGCUGUUUUGCUGUCCGCCUUGAUCGAGUAUCAGUCGCUUCGUCUUGGCCCUCGAUUUUGCCCUCUGUAAAACUUUGUAACUUUAGUAUUAACUCUUAUAUCCCUAAAAAUGGUAGUGAAACCCUCCAAGGCUGACAAGAAAAUCGCAUACGACGCGAAACUUUGCCAGCUCUUAGACGAGUACACCCAGAUCUUAAUCGUCGCAGCCGACAACGUGGGUUCGAACCAGCUUCAGAACAUUCGGAAAGGCCUCCGAGGUGACUCAGUUGUUCUCAUGGGUAAAAAUACUAUGAUGAAAAGGUCGAUUCGGAUGCAUGCUGAGAAGACCGGAAACCAGGCUUUCCUUAACCUUAUCCCUUUGCUUCAGGGAAAUGUGGGUUUGAUCUUUACCAAGGGUGACUUGAAAGAAGUUACAGAGGAAGUUGCCAAGUAUAAGGUUGGAGCUCCUGCUCGAGUUGGUCUGAUUGCGCCCAUUGAUGUGGUUGUCCCACCUGGCAACACUGGGCUUGACCCUUCACAGACCUCUUUCUUCCAGGUGCUUAAUAUUCCAACCAAGAUUAAUAAGGGUACUGUUGAAAUUAUCACUCCUGUGGAGCUUAUCAAGAAGGGUGAAAAGGUUGGAUCUUCCGAGGCUGCCCUUCUUGCUAAGCUUGGAAUUAGGCCCUUCUCAUAUGGUCUUAUUGUCCUGUCUGUCUAUGACAAUGGCUCAGUCUUUAGCCCUGAGGUGUUGGACCUUACCGAGGAUGACCUGAUUGAGAAAUUUGCUUCUGGUGUCUCCAUGGUUACUGCACUGUCUCUUGCCAUCUCAUACCCAACCCUUGCUGCUGCACCACACAUGUUCGUCAAUGCCUACAAGAAUGUCUUGUCUGUUGCUGUUGCAACGGAGUAUUCUUUCCCUCAGGCUGAUAAAGUGAAGGAGUACUUGGCGGAUCCAAGUAAGUUUGCAGUUGCUGCUGCCCCUGUUGCUGCUGAUGCCGGUGCUGCACCUGUUGCUGCUGCUGCCGAAGAGGAGAAGAAACCAGAACCUGAAGAAGAGUCUGAUGACGAUAUGGGAUUCAGUCUCUUCGACUAAGUUUGUUUGUCUUAGUAUAAUGAUGGAGGAUUAUAAUACUAUCAGUUAUCAUAGCCUGUUUGGAUUAUUUCUUGUAGUUUCUUUUUGAUGGGUACUUUUCAUUGCUUCAAGUGUGGAGAACUUGUUAAGUUUAUGAAGUGUCAAUUUAGUCUAUUGCCUGUUAUCUACC